UUUACCUUUCAAUAACAAUUUAUAUCAUCCCAGAGUAGUUGUUAAUCUGCACGAGUGUUGUGUUGGUCUAUACUGACAGUGAGCCAACGUAGUUAGGCCGUUUAAAUGUAUAACAAUUUUAUAAUUUAUUUUUAUAAGGCCUAUCCAUCUUGAACACAUUGUGCAAGCUAGACCAAAACAUCUGCCUCAAGCCUAUUCCAACCUCUGAUAGCUAAUUUGGCUAGUGAUAACUGUCAAAAUAUCUAUCAGAGGCUGGAAUAUGGGGUCUAGGUUGAUCACUUGAUACUACACAGGCAUAUGUUUACACGACUUCCCAUCUUUGAUUAGUCAUUUUGUAUUGUAUUGUAAGUCUCAGCAAAGUGAGCUUAAGUUAUCAUCUUUCAAAAUCAUUGCUCCAACUAGGGCUACUUGGAUAAGUUCUCCGUGCAUCGGAUAUAAUUAAUUUGGUCGAUUUUGUCAGCAUAUGGUCGAUUCGUCCUCAAUACUUUGCAAGCAUUGACGGAGUAAACGUUAGAAUGACCUUCAUUAUUUACCGGAAGUAAGAAUAAAAAUGUUGUGAUGAGGUUGAAGUUGUGAUUGUGAGAUGAUGGAGCGAAAGCAAAAAAGUACACCGUUUGUUCGCUAUAAUGCAUUUGAAAUACCUGCAGAUCAAUAUGCUUUCCAGAAAACUAUAAAUUUCGGCCAGCUUGGUGGAGUAAUAGGAUUUUGUCUUGGAAUUGGAAAUCAUUUAACGUCUAAAGUUCCACCAACAGCAGCAACUACAUUGUUACGAAUUGCUAUCCCUGUUGGAGUAACAGCUGUUACAGGAAUAACAUAUGGAGCAACCUUAUCUGCAUUGGGAGCAUUACGUGGUAAAGAUGAUGCUAGGAAUCACUUAUUUGCUGGAUUCUGUUCCGGAGCUAUACCUGGCUCAAUGUUUAAAGCAAAUCGCUUGUCAGGUGCUAUCUAUGCAGGAUGUUUUGUCGGACUCUGUGCUUGGCUUAUUAAGUUAACGUAUAUAAGAAAUGGUGGAAAGAAAAGAAAGUUCUCAUCUGAAAGAAUAAGAAAUCGCCAACAAUUCUUUCCUCUCAAGAGUGAUGUUGAAACAAAACCUGAGUAUGCUAAAUAUUUUACAUAAGAAUAGAAGAACAAUGAGUAUUUGGAAAUAAUGCCUAAAUUAAGGUUUAUUAGCCAGUAUAGAUAUAAAGAGUUUUGUUUUCUGGUAUAAUAAAUAUAAAUUGAACUUUGUUAAUCAAUCUCGUUUAAUGUAAGUAUAUAAUAUACAAGUUCAGUGGAAUUUUUUUAACUGAUUACCUCAAUACCCAGGUUUACAUUCUGUACACAAACUGUCAGUUUGGUGACAUUAAUUAAAAUUUAUUCAUACACAUUCAAUUAUGAAUACAGAAGUAAUAAGCCCGAGAAGCAGAUGCUAAGUCUUAUGAAUUUGGCCCAACAAACUGGGAUAUAGAAGUGGUAUUUUAGUCACAGACUGUGUCAAAAUAUAGUGAAGUUUUGAAUGAACCUUGCAUUGGCUAAGUAUUCUGUAGUAACAAAAUAAAAUAAAAACAUUGAAAUUUGAGAACAGAUAAGAAAUUGUGCUCUUACCCAUGCAUGAUGAAGAGAACUAAAAACAUAUACAAAAUAAGCGACAGAUUACACUGUAUUAUUUUACAUUAUUUAUUUAUAUACUUCUUAUACUACCAUUUUGGACAAUUUCAGGAAGACUUUUUUAAAUAUUAUAUUUUAUUAAUAAGCAUACUUUUACAUUUUUACAUAGUACAUUAUUAUUAGUAAAUAUAUAUAUACAAUAGCAACUAUUGAACUUAAUAUAAAUGUAAAAUAAAACAAAAUAUGGGAGGGGAUAGAGAGUGUCUUGUUUAAUGUCCAACAGGAGAAAUUAAAAAAAAAUACUAUUAC